CUUGACGAGCACGUUUCGCAGAUUCUAUCGCAUCUAAAGCCCUUAAACUUGCUUCCGUGACUGGCUGUCAAAAUGGUCAGCCUCAACACUGUUUGGCAAUACCUGGCCCUGCAGUCGCCAUUGCAAUUGCACUCCACCAUGAUGUCAGGCGACAGCUUCAAUCUCAUAAAAAUGGGCGUCACAACCUUCGCCCUCCCCGCCCUGCCAUACGCCUACGACGCGCUCGAGCCGCACAUCUCGGCCCAAAUUAUGGAGCUGCACCACGGCAAACACCACCAAACCUACGUGACCAAUCUCAACAAGGCCCUCGAAUCCCACAUCGCUGCCGUCGCGGCUGGCGAUGUUGCCGCCCAGAUUGCCCUGCAGCAGGUCAUCAAGUUCAACGGCGGCGGGCAUAUCAAUCACUCGCUGUUCUGGCAGAACCUCGCGCCAGCGGGGAGCGACGAGACGAAGCUGGAGCAGGCCAAGGAAUUGGUGGCGGCGAUUGAGAGGACGUGGGGGGGUUUUGAUACGUUCAAGAAUGCCUUCUCGACGGCGUUGCUGGAAAUUCAGGGAAGUGGUUGGGGUUGGCUCACCCGGGAAGCUGGCAGUGGGGGGGGGCUACGCAUCGUAACGACCAAGGACCAAGACCCCGUCGUUGGGGGUGAUGUUGUCAUCUUUGGGGUGGAUAUGUGGGAGCAUGCUUAUUACCUUCAGUACAUGAACGGGAAGGCUGCUUAUGUCGAGAAUAUCUGGAACGUCAUCAACUGGAAAACGGCCGAAGACCGGUUUUUAGGGAGGUCCGAGGAAAAGAACGAGCUGUAAUCAAGCGUUGGCACACUUCGAUGUCCUGGAUACCUGAAUACGACUGUUUCAUGUGCGCGAUGUCUGCUCACGCCUGAAUUCCAGCCCUG